UAGAAGUACUUCCACUCCGAAAGGUUGGUUUCAAGGUCAUUCGUUUGUAAAAAAGAAUCUGCACAAACCGGCUACAUGUCAUCAUUGUUCAGAUCUUUUAUGGGGGAUAUUAGGAACAACAGGAAUGGUUUGUGAAGUUUGUAAUUUCCUAGCCCAUGAAAAGUGUAUGCGUGCAGUUACAACCGCAUGUACAUGUAUUGCACCAUUCUUAACUAAGGAUCCUGUGCCUCAUUGUUGGUCAGAAAUUGGACAUUUUAAAAGAAAAUUUUGUAAUGUCUGUCGUAAACGUGUCGAUGAUUUAUUGGCAUUGAAAUGUGAAAUUUGUGAAUAUUACUCACAUUAUGAAUGUUUGGAUUUUGUAGCAGCCGAUUGUAAACAAUGCGCUAUUUCUACAUUGACAUCAAUGGCUAAGUCUCCAACAUGUAUACCGGAUCCAGUUGAAACAAGAAACUCUUAUAUGAUGUCACGUUUAUUGAAAAAUUUUUCCAAAUCAUAUUCAUCAACUGAUCCCACAGAUUUACCAUUGAUUGAUUUGACUGAAAAUGAAUUCCCUAAUAAAUGUAUUGAUAAUAUCAACACUAAUACUACUACCAAUACUACUAGUAGUACUAGUACUACUAGUAGUACUACUAAUACUACUAACACUUCAACUGUUAGUAAUACAAUCCCCAGCACAACUACGAAUACAUCACUAGGAUUGGCCAGUUCUCAAUCUUCUUCAACGAAUACACCAAAAACAUCAACACAUCAAUAUCAUUCUGUAGAAAUACAAAGUGGUCUUGCUUUAUUAGACGUUGUUAAAACACUCUCUUCAUCUUCAUCACCGUUAUCAGCAUCACCGCAAAAAUCUUCAGGAAUCAAUGAAGAACAAGCAUCAUCGUCAUGUACAACAACAGCAAUAACUAACACUACAGAAAAAUCUGAUAGUUCUAUACCACCGCAUACAUUUUCAUUGUUAUCUUCUCAUGUACAACAAUCACAUCAUUGGCGUGAAGGUAAUUUACCAGUUAAUUCUAAAUGUGUAUCAUGUCGUAAAACAUGUUGGUCUGCGGAAUGUUUAACUGGUUUACGUUGUGAAUGGUGUGGUGUUACAACACAUUAUUCAUGUUAUAAAAAUUUAUCAUUAGAAUGUGAUUUUGGCAUAUUAAGAAACAUAAUGCUUCCACCAUAUUGUGUAUCAGUGCCUCGUACAAGUUUAUUAGUUGAACAAAUUAUUGGUAUGUGUAAACCUCAACCGGAGACAUUAAUGGGAGUUCAAGCUCUUACCGAUGAAUUUUCAAGUAAUGGUGAUAGUCCAGAAGAAUCUGGAAUUGAAAGAAAAUCAACCAAAGAUAAAACAGAUCGUGACUUUGAUGAUUAUGUACGUGUCUACGACGGUUGGGGUCGUUUCCGUAAAAAACAAUGUCGAUAUCUUAGUCUUGGUCGUAGUGUAUCUGUGCUUAAAGUGAUUGAACUUUCUUUGAAAGCUUUUCAAUUACCACCUGAUGAAGCAAGAGAUUAUUAUCUUGUAGAAGUAAAUGAAAAAGAUGGAAGUGAACAUCGAUUGCAUAGUUCUGGUUGUUUUAAAUCUCAAUUACAAUUUGAAACUCGUAGACCACAAAUUUUAAUACGUUCACGUGAUCGUAAUCAAGAUCGUGAAUAUAUUCAAACAUUUCCUGGAACAUUAGAUCAAUUCACAGAUGUCGAACUAUUACCAAUACAAAUCUCAGUGACACGUGAUACUACAGUACAUGAUGUUAUUCAGCAAGCAUUGAAAAGAUUUGGACUUGAACAUUUAGACUCGGGUAGAUUUCAAUUAGUUGAAACAAAUUUAGAUCGUGGACUUGUUGAACGUGUUAUGUCAUCAGGUGAACGUUUAUGGACAAUUUUAGAACGUGUUAAACGUGAAUCAGUGCGAGCAUUACGUUUAACACGAUUUUAUUUACAACCAAUUGAAGAAUCUAAAGGACCAGUAGUCACUUUAUUUGUUGGUAAUUUAAAAAAAGGUUUAAGUCAACGUUUAUAUGAACGUAUAUUACUUGAACGACUUGGUAUAGAAAAUAAAUGGGAUUUUAUUGAAGUAAUCUAUUAUGAUUUUGGCAGUUUAGUAUUAGUUUAUUUAAAUGCAGAACGUGCUGAUGAAGCUUAUCAUUUAUUAAAACAAAGUACAUUUGAAGAUCGUCCAAUUUUAGUAAUGAUAUUGCCUAGACUUAAACCAAAUAAAUUACCAGAUGAUAUUAAACCAUUGUUAGUAUUAGUCAAUGUGAAAUCAGGUGGAUGUCAAGGUGCUGAAUUAAUCACAUCAUUUCGAAAAUUGUUAAAUCCUCAUCAAGUGUUCAAUUUGGAUUAUGGUGGUCCACUACCGGGUUUACAUUGUUUUCGUCAUUUAAAACAAUUUAAAAUACUUGUAUGCGGUGGUGAUGGUACAGUUGGUUGGGCAUUGUCAUGUUUAGAUAAUGUCGGUCAAGAUGCUGCAUGUCCUACACCACCAAUGGCAAUUCUACCCCUUGGUACUGGUAACGACCUUGCACGUGUUCUACGUUGGGGUUCAGGUUAUACAGGAGGUGAAGAACCAUUAAGCAUAUUGAAAGAUGUUGUUGAAGCGGAAAAUAUACGUUUAGAUCGUUGGACUGUUGUCAUUAAACCAGAUCAUGCAGAGAAAGAUGCACAAAAGAAACAAUUACAAAUUGAAGCUAAUUCUUCGAACACGAAUGAAGAUUCUAGUCGAAUAUUUGUUAUGAAUAAUUAUUUUGGUUUGGGGAUAGAUGCUGAUUUAAACUUGGAUUUUCAUAUGGCACGUGAAGAGAAUCCAGCAAAAUUUAAUAGCAGAAUUCAUAAUAAAAGUGUUUAUUUAAAAAUGGGUUUACGUAAAAUGGUCAAUCGUACAAAAUGUAAAGAUUUACAUCAAAAUAUUGUCAUUGAAGUUGAUGGUCGUCAGUUGGAUUUACCACCAUUAGAAGGUGUUAUUAUAUUGAAUAUUUUAUCAUGGGGUGCUGGAGCUAAUCCAUGGGGUGUUGAGAAAGAUGAUGCAUUCACAACACCAACACAUUUUGAUGGUCAGCUGGAGAUUGUCGGUGUAACUGGUGUAGUACAUAUGGGACAAAUAUUUUCUGGUCUACGUACAGGUAUACGAUUAGCACAAGGUGGUCAUAUACGAAUUACAGUGAAAUCUGAUAUUCCUGUACAAGUUGACGGGGAACCAUGGAUUCAAUCACCUGGUCAAAUUAUAGUCUUACGUUCAGCUUUAAAAGCAACUAUGCUGAAAAAACGUAAACGACGUAAAGUCAACCGCCGACAUACUGAGCCUGGUUUAGGUGGAUCAGGCAAUGCUAACACAAGUGCAAAUACAAAUCCUAUACAUGGUAGUACAGAGGAUCCUUUAAGUAGUGCUGUAUUCGGUGCUAGUGGACCACCGCCACCAGAAAGUGCAAAUUCACUUGAUUUUGGCAAUCACACUAUGCAUACUGCUUAUACUAAUACUACUACUACUAAUACUACUACUACAACUACUGCUACUAGUAGUAGUAUUACUAGUACUACUAUUAAACAACUUGAUUUAGAUAUAGCAAAAAUUGAUUUAGACGAAGAAGAAGCGGAAGCCGUCAAUCCCAAUGCUACUUCUUAUCUAUCAAAUAAUACAAUCAAAAUCAAUGAUUCUUAUCCAAGAUUAUAUCGACCAGGUCGACCAGUUUGUAUGAAACGUAAAGGACGUCGUAUACCGAAGCCUAUCUUAGUCGCUGUACCAUCUGCUCCAUCGGAAACUUGUCGAUCACCAACAGAAUUACUUCGUCGUGACAAUAACGUUGAUGAUGAUGACGAUGAUGAUGAUGAUGACGACGUUGACGAUGACUUUAAUGAGACGUCGGCUUUAUGUUUAGCGAAAUCAACACGUUUAAAACCAACUACAACUGGGAAUGUUCAAUCAACAACACCAACAUCAACAUCCGAUGAUCAAUGUUCAAUCAUGCAAACUGUAAAAAAUACCACAAUUUCCAGUGCAAUCAAUGAAUUCGAUUCAUCGAUUAAUAAAAAAACAAGUUGAAUAAAAGUGAUCACAAUCAAAUAAGUAGUAGUUAUAGUAGUAUAUUAGUAGUAUUAGUAGUAGUAGUAGUCGAUGACAACUUUUUGUUUUUGCUAUCAACUAACAAUCACAUUCCUUCCAUCCAUUCAUCCAUUUGUACACACUACUAUUACAUAAUGAUGGAAUAGUUUAAUACUUCA